AUGUUCACACUCAACCUCCUCCUACUAAUUAUUCCUAUCCUACUUGCCAUAGCCUUUCUAAUCUUAAUUGAACGCAAAAUCUUAGGAUACAUACAACUCCGCAAGGGCCCUAACAUCGUAGGACCCCAUGGUCUCCUCCAACCCUUUGCCGAUGCUAUAAAACUAUUUAUCAAAGAACCACUACGCCCCCUAACCUCCUCUACACUACUUUAUAUCACCGCACCAACACUAGCCCUAUUUAUUGCCCUAAUCAUAUGAACACCCCUACCCCUACCACAACCCUUAAUCAAUAUAAAUAUAGGAGUUCUAUUUAUACUAGCUACAUCCAGCUUAGCAGUAUACUCCAUCCUCUGAUCAGGAUGGGCUUCUAAUUCAAAAUAUGCCCUUAUCGGAGCCCUACGAGCAGUAGCACAAACAAUUUCAUAUGAAGUCACUCUAGCCAUUAUCCUCCUAUCCAUCCUCCUAAUAAAUGGAUCAUUUACUCUUUCCACCCUUAUUAUCACUCAAGAAUUCACAUGGCUCAUUAUCCCAUCCUGACCACUAGCCAUAAUAUGGUUUGUAUCCACCCUAGCAGAAACCAAUCGAGCCCCCUUCGAUCUAACAGAAGGAGAAUCAGAGUUAGUCUCAGGAUUUAAUGUAGAAUACGCUGCAGGCCCUUUUGCCCUAUUCUUCAUAGCAGAGUACACAAACAUUAUUAUAAUAAAUGUCCUAACCACAACUCUAUUCCUAGGAACACUAUAUAACCCUUACAUACCACAAGCAUACUCCACAAUAUUCGCUACUAAAGCCCUCCUUUUAAUCACGCUAUUUUUAUGGGUACGAGCAUCAUAUCCACGAUUCCGAUACGAUCAACUUAUACAUUUACUAUGAAAAAAUUUCCUACCACUGACCCUAGCACUAUGUAUAUGGUACAUUUCCCUUCCUAUUCUAUCAUCGGGUAUUCCACCCCAAAUAU